AAGCGGAUAUGACCGUGUCGCAUUUAUAUGAUGUUUCCAAGCGGCAGCUGUUAGUAGGUUUGACGAUAGGGGUUAAGGUUAGAAAGUGAACAGGGCGUUUCGAAAACAUGCCGAGAGUAGGACGUGAGCAGGAGCUGCGGAUUCUGACUGAGUGUCAGUACAGUCACCCAGCAGAGACCCUGUCGGACCUUCAGCAGGUCCAGUCUCGGUUCUCUGAUCUUCGUCUGUAUGUGAAUUUUUAUUGUUUUCCUAACAAAGAGAAGAGGAGGUUGGUCUACCUGGCCGGAACCAUUCCUGUUCGCUAUGAAGGUCUCGAGUACAAUAUUCCAGUGUGCAUCUGGCUCCAUGAAACCCAUCCAGUGUCUCGUCCUCGCUGCUGCGUCUGUCCGUCCAUCUCCAUGGUGAUCAACCCAUCCUGCCCCUGUGUUGAUUCUGCCGGCAACAUCAGUCUAAGUGGACUGAGUAACUGGACCAAUGGAGUAUCCACACUGUCACUGCUUAUAUCUGAGAUGAGGCAAGCUUUUCAAAAGGACACGCCCCUCUACGCCAGAUGUUGUGUACAGGCCUCUGCAGCUGUGCAGGUGUCUCAACUAGCAACAGGUGGAAGCCUCCACCUGCCUUCUUCCUCCUCCUCCUCUGGUACAUAUCACCACCUGUCUGCAGCUAGCCAGUGGGAGCAGAGUAGCCAGGGUAAUGUGAGGCGGUCAUACACUGAGGACCUGUUGGGCAUUGACUUCAGUGCCCCACCUUCCUCCACACACAGCAAUCCAUUCCUGAUCUCCUCUUAUUCAGAUUCAGACGCAGACCCUCUCAGCAGGAAGAUGGAAGCUUUAAGAGUGUCCAGUGAAGGUCAUCAUAGUGACUGGCCUGUAGAGAUCAUCAGAUCAGAAGUACACAGAGACAGAUACACAAUGAGUCCUAAACCAAGAUCUGGACUAGAUCAGGACAGGACCCAGGAACCUCAUUCAGAACCAGACUACUCUAAGAUGGCAACCCAUCUCCCCCCAAAUCAGGCUGCCAUGUUCCUGUCUCUUAUGAGACUGGAGGGUCGAAGUUUCAGUCUCAAUGAUGCCAUGGAGGCGGUCCAACUCAACAGGGAUUUUUCAUCAGCCCUCAGGUUCCUGUCUCACAAUUGUCCCAUCUGUCAGGAUCAAGUGACCUUCAGCAAGAUCAUUACCAUGACCCACUGCUCAUGCUUCUUGUGUCAGACCUGCUUCAAGACGUUUUUCUCCGCAGCUAUUAAAGAGCGAAGCAUUGAUCAGCUGGUUUGUCCUCAGUGUGGCAGACCUGAGAUCAGAGGUCAGGGAGGAGUGGAGGAGUUCAUGGACUACUUUAAUCUGCUGGACACUCAGAUCCGACACUUCCUGCCUCCUCAUCUCCAUGAACUCUUCCAGAGGAAGCUCAGGGACAGAGCCCUGCAAGAGAUGCCUAACUUCUGCUGGUGCGCUCAUUGUUCGUUUGGGAUACUCCAUGAAGCGGAGCAGCUGAGGAUGGACUGUCCCAGCUGUAAGAAGAGUACUUGCUCUCAGUGUAGAUCACCUUGGUCUCCUCAACAUCAGGGUCUCACCUGUCAGCAGUUCAAAGUCUGGCAGGACCAGCAGGACCAAUAUGGCUCUGCGCUGUUGAACUGCAACAGCAUUGAAUGUCCAAACUGUCGGUUCGUCUUCAGUUUGUCCAAAGGAGGUUGUCUGCACUUCACGUGUAGCCAAUGUCAGGCCCAGUUUUGUGGCGGCUGCAGCCAGGCCUUCCUCCUGGGAACUGCCUGUGAUUUCUCUGCCGACUGUGGAACCAAAGGUCUUCAUGCCCACCAUCCCAGAGACUGCCUGUACCACCUGAGAGACUGGACCGUGUCCCGCCUGCACUUGCUGCUACAGUAUUACAGAGUUUCUCCGUUCUGGUUGGAACCAGCCAGUAAUGAGUCAUCUGAGACCAGUCGGACAGGGGCGUGUUUGGUCCUGGAGCUGAGAGACGACGGCAGCAGGUGGGAGGAGCCAUGUGGGCGACCAGCACUAACAGAGUACAGAGGAUACUGCCAGUUACAUUAUAAGGAGCGAUUGGUGGAGUUGAUCAAUCAUUGUCAUGCCGACCCAGCAGUAAUCUUCAGUCUGGUGGAGAUGAAAGCAGAGCUGCAGCGCUGGCAUGUUGCCGUGCCAACGAGGGAACCGGAUGAACCAGAUGUACAGUACAGCCACCGCCUCCGCCUGACCCUGACCAACCGCGUUCCUCUCAGGAAGCAACGGUGCUCACCACUCAAACUCAACCAAGACCUUUGCCUUUUAAAGCCAGCCAUGGCCACUAAAGCUCCACCCCCUCAGCUGCUACUGACAGACUGACUCCACCCAUUUCUGACAUUUUACCCUAUCAGCAGACUGUGUAAUUAUGUUAACUGCUAAUAUUUAUUAAAAUGAUACCAAGUUUUUCCAAACUGCUGAAAUCUACUGGAACUAAGGAACUAGUUUAUAAGAGUAGGACUGAUUUUACUGAUCCGCUUGAAUUUAGAACUGGGUUCCACUGUUCUUUCCUGUUUAACAUAAUUCUGCAUUUUAACUGACUGUUAAAAAGUGACAUCAGACAAACCCACGUGUUCAAGUCAAACAGUUUAUGGCCACCUUUUCAAAGGCUUCAGACUAAAGCAGGUUUUCACUGUUGUGGUGGAGCAUCGUCUCUGGGAGGAUUGAAAGGUCUGAUCUCUUUGACGAUUCUCUCUGCGAUGGUUCUGUUAUUGGCAGCGACGAUUCUUCGGGACAUCAGGUCUACAGCUCGUCCUGAACAUAUACAGAGCGUUACCCUCUCAUCAUCGGGACUAUGCUAAGAUGCUGUUUUUUUUUUUUACCAUCCACAUCAGUGAGGAUUCCUCCAGCCUCUGAGACUAUUAUCGAACCGGCAGCAACGUCCCAAACAUGGAUCCCAAUCUCAUAAUAUGCUUCAACACAGCCAGACGCCACCAGACACAUGUUAAUGGCUGCAGUUCCAGCACUGCGUACACUGGAAACACAUACAUUUGUCAGUGAGUGGAAUGUUGUUGUAGUGCUAUGACUGCAAUGUAAAAAUUGUUACCCAUGGACAGGAAUGCACAGUAUGUCCCUUAGGCUGGAGAAAAUGUAGUCAACAGCUUCGGGGUCUCUGCUGGAUCCAAACUCUGUGGCGAUGAUGGACUGCUUGAUGUCUGACAGGAUGAAACAUCUCUGUCAGAGGUCAAAUCCUGCUCUGUGUAUCAGGUAUCAGUGACUCAUGUCUCACCGUUCUGAGCAGACACCUGCAGUGGGGUUCCGUUACAGAAGGCUCCUUUUCCACGUCUGGCUGUGAACAUCUUGUCUUCAAGGCAACUGUAGACGACACCAAACUCCAUCUGCAGGACAGAGUGAUAGGUCAGUGUAUGGGCCAGAAGCACAUGACUUUGAUUUGUACUCAAAGUAUGUAAAUUCGUGUGGUUCUUGUCCGGGAUGCUCUGCUUGUUCUGUCAGAACAGAGGAUUCAAAACAGGAAAACAUUUUCCUGUUUUGAAGUCAAAGGUAAUACUGCUUUUUUACUUUUGGCUUUUCCCAUUAGGAAUUCAGACAGCAAAUGAUACACACAGGUGUUUUGGCAAGUUUUGCUGUCCGAUCCUGUCGCAACCCCACUAUUUAUCUGUGCUAGGGACCAGCAUAGAAGUUACUGGCUUUCAACCCCUUUGGCUAAAUUUAAACCCACGACCUUGGAAUUCUAAGCGUAAUGCUCUGCAACCGCACCAAACGGCCAGGGCAAAGGUAUUCUUAUUAGAUUAGGCAAUAUAAAUUUCGCAUAUGCAAUGGUAAAAGCAGUUGGCUGGCUCAUGGUAUGUUAUGUAGACUAUGGUCCCUACUGUAUCCAACUGAACCCUCUUGUGAUUGGAUGAGAGACCUGGACAGGUAACCUGUCCAUCAAAGCAGUCACAUUUACACCAAACCUGGAGUACGCAGAGAGAAUCAUUUGGUUAAAAACUAUAAUUGAUAAGCUCAGUUUCAGAACAGUUACGUCAGGAGAACUUUGACCAUGCUAACAAAUGUAAAUUCUUAACCAACUAAGAAACAAUAAGGAAAAAAAACAUCCAUUCAAUAAAGAAGAAAGGUAACCCUAUGCGCUAGUGUUAAAUAAACAUGACCUUUAAAGAUUUUAUAGAGUUAUACAAAAAAAUCUAAAAAUAAUCUGUAAAGCACUAGCUAGAAGAUUAGAAAAAUUGACAGCUCAGCAAACGCCGAAGUCAGAACAAAUAUCCAGACCUCCCCAAGGUUUAGAGUGCAUAGAGGGACCAGACAAGGCUGCCCACUCUCGCCAUUAAUAUUUGCGAUAUUUACUAAAACACUAUCUUCAGCAAUUAGACAGCAUGAAGGAAUUACCGGAAUAUCGACAAAAUUAGUUAAUCAUAAUCCUGUAUUAUUCUUAUACUAUAUAAAGCCACAUAGGUCUCCCCCUACAACUAUCAGCCUCAGAUAAAUUCUCAGCACUUUUAGAAUAUUCUAUAAAUUGAAAAAAUCUAACAUUACGACUAUCACACUGUUCAAUAAUCCAAACGCUGCAGUGGCCUAGAACUACCUAACUUCCACCACUAUUUUCUUGCCAACACACUGAACCAUGUCUACAAAUGGAUAAAACCCAGUCCAACAGACUCCUCAUGGUUAGGCAUUGAACAAAUAUUUUGUGGGAACAUUAAUGUUGCAGAUUUACCAUUUAUCAGCACCAAAAUCAAAUACCAUAGUUGUUAGCAGGGUAUUUGUAUAAGAGCAUCUUUGGCAGGCUGCUGGGAUUUUCUUAAAAUGACUGUAUCUUCACUUAUUCUUCGUCAAAACACAUCUCUCUGGACUGAAAUAUGUUUCUCAAGAUACAAUUUUACCUCUCGAAGAAUUUGUGUCCCGAUAUGAAAUCACUAGUGCCAAAUUCUUAGAAUAUCAGCAGCUAAAGUCAAUACUUAAUGCAAGAACUAAAAAUACACCUUAUACAAAUACACCUUAUAUACUAUCUUUAUUUUAAUAUCCAAAAAUUAUGACAAUAAGCCUCCUGAUCUCAAAACAGGAAGCUGAUUUGGACAUCACUACUAGUCAUGUUUUCUGGAUAAAUAUCUUCUAAUUUAUGCCAAAUGACAAAAAAUACAUAUCUACUAUUAAUACAAUAUGAAAUUCUUCAUAGAACACACUACAAAGGACCAAAUGGGUCUCACAAACACAACCCUCAUUGUACAGAUAACAAAGCAGACUGAUUCCUGUAUGCGUUCUGGUCAUGUUCGAUUGCGUCUAUCCACCAGGAUAUACCUGUACAGCCAAGACAUCCGAAUAUCAUUUGGACUGGAUAAGUGUGGUCGGAUAGUAGCAAGGAGUUCUGUCCAGAGGAGUGCAGUCCUAGGAACGGCUAAGAUACUGCGCAGGACCCUCAAGCUCCCAGGCCUCUAAGAACCUGAGGUUGUAGGAGUAAGACCGCUCCAAGGAAAAGUGUGCGGAAUUAAAAGUAUAUAUAUUACUUGUCCAUCAAAAUAUGACAUGCAGCUUAAUACAUGCUGCCUAUUGAACUGAAGGGGAAAAAAAGAAAACCUUUGCAGAGAAAGUAAACUGCUUCAAAAUUAAAUGUUCUUAAUUUAGCAAGGUUUUCCCUUUUUAAAUGGACACAGAACCACAGACCAUUUUGCUUAGUGGAGACAGCAUACAGUAUUUGGUGAAUCUGGCUCUGACCUGUUUGUUCACUGAAAAUCCAAUGGAAACAGCAACAAAAGGGAAUCUGUCAAAAAGAUGUAAAUUAUUCACAGUCUAACAGUUAUUAGGAUAAUGUGAAGAGGAAUAUUUUCAACACUGUAAAGUUGGACAAAUAAUCACCAAUGUAAAGUGUAUUUAAAAAAACUCACGCAUGAACAAAGUUGGUGGUUCCAUCAAUGGGGUCAAUGAUCCAGGUAGGAGCGUCGGUGAGAUCACAAGCUUCACCUGCAGCCACCGACUCCUCCCCUAUAAACCUGGUGGCCCAUGACAUCACCAAUAAAACUCCAGUGUCAUCACCUGGUGCUGCUCAGUGA